AUGACUCAACUUACUACCGCUAUAAGCAAGAUGGAUGGGAAAGGCAAACUUCCGGCUCAACCGGACCAUGCUAAUGUAAGUGUCAUUUCACUAAGGAGUGGUAAGAUUCUUGACACUCCCACCACCAAAGAGAAAAAGGUAACUUCCAAACCCUUACCUCUUAAUAGUAAGAAUGAGUCCAGGGAAGAAAAUGUUGAAACAAACCCCUCACCAUUUAAUUCUAAAAUGGAUAAAUCUCCUCUUAAUGAUUUUACUCCUUACAUGCCUAAUCUUCCUUUUCCCUCUAGGUUGGCUCCAAAAAAGAAGGAAGCACCCAAGGAGGAAGAACUCUUGGAUAUGUUUAGAAAGGUGCAAAUCAACUUGCCCCUUCUCGAUGCAAUCCAACAAGUCCCGAGGUAUGCAAAAUUUCUAAAGGAGUUGUGUACCAACAAGAGGAAAACAAAAGAAAGACCAAUGGUAAGUCAAAAUGUUUCAGCUCUUCUUAAGAGUAAUAUUCCAGAAAAAUGCAAUGACCCCAGUAUGUUUUCUCUACCUUGUGUAAUAGAAAAUAGGCUAAUUUUUCAUGCAAUGCUUGACUUAGGAGCAUCCAUAAAUGUCAUGCCAUACAACGUCUUUGAAGAUCUAGAACUCAAUAAUUUACAAAAAGAAACUAGUGUAUGCAUACAACUAGCGGAUAGAUCUUAUAUUUCACCGUUAGGAAUAGUUGAAGAUGUCCUUGUGAAAAUUGACAAACUAAUUUUUCCGGCGGAUUUUUACAUAUUAGAAAUGAAUGAAGCAUGCCUAAAACCAUCUCACUCUAUUUUAUUAGGAAGACCUUUUCUUAAAACUGCAAAAGCCAUUAUAAAUGUUGAUAAAGGUUCCUUGAGUGUAGAGUUUGAUAGAGACAUUGUCACAUUCAAUAUUUUUUAA